AUGGUUCAUUUGGAAGGAGCACCGUCCCUGAUUAUCCCUGCACACAGAUUCUUCAGCCUCUAUUGGUUCCUGUUGGAUUGUCCACGAACAGCGUGCUUCUCAGAAGAUGCUCUUGCGGCCUUACGUCUCAGUGAGGAAAGGUGGCAGCAAGCCCCUAAAAUAAGGAGGAAAAUGGGCUGUGCACAGAUAGAAUUGAUCAGAGAAGUUAAAACGACUUAUUCUAAUGUGUAUUUUAGCCUUUACAUGAAUAACAACUGUAUUCCAACAUGUGAACACGCCCUUGAGUCCCGGAAAGGCAGGAGAGGCAGGAAUAUUGGAAAGGGGCUGCAGCAGCGUCCCACACAAGAUCUCAACUCCAAAUAGAAAAAAAAUGUCCUGCAAGCACCACAAUCGGAAAUAAAAGCCAACAUAUGGGAAAUAAAGCCUCCUGAUUUUAGUUAUAAACUGUAUACAUCUUUGAGACUUCCAGAAAAGCCAUCAAGGACCAUUAAGGAAGAAGAAAGGAGAAAAAAAGUUUUUCCAGGAACAAUGCUUCACUUUCCCAGCAUAAGGAAUCAUCCCAACAGGACCAUGUCUCCUAAAUUUAUAACUACAUUUCCUCAUCUGGAUUCACAUAAAGUGAAGUUAAUAUUUGUGGAAAGUGGAAAAUAUCCAAAUGGUGUAUACCUCAAUCCAAAACCACAUAACUUUCCACAGUACCAACAUAAUUUACCAAAUUUUGUGACAAUAGAAAAGGGACCAAAAGGAUUAAAGUUUAAGUCACAACACUUAAGUACAGUAAGUGGAUGCCCUUUGCUGAAGGAAGGUCAGCAGAACACUACAGAAAGAUUUAUCACCUACAAGCCUCAUGAAUGCACCUGGGAUUCAACGCUCAUUUUACCAAAAGCCCUGUGGCCUAUUAAAUCUGUGUCACACACGAGACACAGAAGGUGGCCAGAUGCAUACAGUGCAUUUAUGGAAGAAAAGUUUACUAAGACAUGCAAGAACAGUGGGCAAAAAUUUUAA